ACGCGAGCGGUGUUUCGGGCCGUAGUGUGUGUCAGUGUAGUGCAGUGACCAGUGCGCCAAGUGCAUCAGUUCCACCAUGGUGUGCGUCCGCGUCCUGGUGGUGCUCGUCGGCGUGCUGGCCCUAGGCGCCGCGGCCGAGGAGGCCAAGCCGGUCAAGCCGGCCGACAGUGGAAGGGACUGGUGGGAGGCGGGCAUCAUGGUGGUGCAGCGCUCGCUGCAGGAGUGCGAGGCCGCCCGCGACGUGUCCUCGUGCCUCAAGAUCAAGGCCGUCCGCGCCGUGGACCGCGCCCUGCACACAGACGCCCUGCCGCUGUUCGGCGGCGUGGUCCUGGUGCGCCGCGACGACGUGGAGGCGCGGUCGUCGCGCGCCCUGCCCUCCGUGCCGCGGGACGCGCCCCGCCGCGCCGCCCAGCUCGACGACCUGCUCGCCGGCCGCGUGGCCAGGUUCCUGGAGACGCGGUCGCUGCAGAUGUCCCUGCCCAAGCUAGCUGACGGCGUGGACCAGGCAUUCGAGGGUCGGUACUCGGACGAGCAGCCCAUGACGAGCGAGAGCGAAGGCAGAGGUCGCGGCAAGCUGAAGAAGAUCGCCGGUCCCGCCAUCCUUAUCAUGGUCAUGGCCGCCUACAAGCUGGCCAUGAUGAUGGCCGGCGUGGCCAUGCUGUCCGGCAAGGCCCUCAUCGUGUCCAAGGUGGCCCUGACGCUGGCCGGCGUCGCCGUCCUCAAGAAGCUGCUGUCCCACCACGACCACGAGAAGACCACCGUGGAGAUCGUCAAGUCCCCGCAGGUACGCAGGGUGUCGCACUCGCACUCGUACUCCUCGCACCACGACCACGACGACCACGGCUACCACGACAAGUCCUGGAACGUGGGGCCCAUGGUGGGCGGCUACAGCCACCGCAGCAUGGUUGACGACGCGCAGGACACGGCCCCCACCAGCCCCUACCUGAUGCCCCAGGACGUGGCGAGCAAGCGCGACUACCGCAGCGCCGUGCCGGUCAACUACGUGACGGGCCGCGGCGUGGAGACACUGUCCAUCCGCAGCCACGACCCGCUGCGCAUCGUGGUGGCGGACAACGGCGAGGAGGACAUCCGCGUGCACCACCGGCAGCGCGGCCUGGACCUGCCCCUGCUGCCCGGCCCCGCCGCGCCGCUGCCCCCGCUCGGCCUCUCCUCCGUCGAGGAGCCCAUCGACUACUCGCAGUUCGGCGAGGCGGACCGGGGGGCGUGGCGGGGACUUGGCUCCGCGCUCAUGGCCGCCAGCGAGAGGUCACUGCGAUCGGCACCGAGCUCAGAGCAGCAAGAGAGGACCUUGGACGGUUCAGUGAACGAGGAGACGAGUAAUUACCAGCCCCGGUCGCUCGACUCGUACCCAGCAGUAGCAGCUUAACGCGUGUGUUCUUAAUUUAUUAAUUGUAGGUUAGAAAGAGAGAAUUGUAUAAAGACUUUGCGUAAAUGUGGGGCGUUUGAACAAAAAUGCUCACGAGGGGAACUGUGGCCGAGUCCAGUUUCGGUUGGAAAAGCAUUUCUGCUCAGACUUCCCAAAGUUUUUCAGUCAACCUAUUAUGUAAUGAUGCCAUGUAAAUAGCCAGUAGGAUAGUCUUUGAAUAAUCGAGGCAAAACUUGCCCGUUAUCCCGCACCUAUUUAAUUUAUGUGUACGUAUUUAUUAUUUAUUUAUUUAUUUAUUUAUUUUCAAAAUUGUUGUGAAUAAAUGUUUAGAGAAAACAAUAUCUCAUAGAGUUAAGCAGUACUGUAGUAUUCCUCACCAAUACUUUCCACCUCACAGUAAAGUAGAAAGAAAUUUACUUAACACUGUUUGAGUAUUUUCGUUUUAUCUGAAGCUUUAAUAUGUUGAACGAAGAACACACUAACUUACAGUGGCUCCUAGCACUACACUUUGCACCCUGUCGCCAACGAUUUGCAAUUAGAUUUUAAUGUUACUCUCCUGUGUCUAGUUGGACGCGAAGGGUGCUGCUGGCUCAAGCGUUUCUAGAAGCUCAUUUUGUAGUGUACGAUGUGUAAAACAAAUGAAAUAAAUCAUCAAUCACAGUUUUAUUA